AUGAUAACAGGACCCUAGUUGUUGGUAACCUACCCGUGGAUUGGGAAGAGGACUUAACUGUGAACUUUUUUUGAAUCGGAGAUUAUACAGACGUUGUAAAUGUGAAAGUCAAAGAUGGCGAAGCGUUUGUUUCAUUAAAGAGCCAAACGGAUGUUGAUAAGGUUCUACAGAGACACGUGAGAAAAUCGUGCACGAUGGCUGAGAAUGAACUUACAAUAAAGUCGCCUUUUAAUUCUGAUACUGAAGACGGCUCCAUCGCCGAGAUGGAAGCAGAAGGUAUCCGGGAAGUUCAGCCACUAAGUUUACAGCAAACGGUUAACAUCCAAGAAUCCGAACUGAAUCCGACAGUCGUUAGUUAUGUGGCGACGACCGCAAUCGCCUCUGGUCUACCAACAGACACUAGUCUUAGGUCUAGGAAUGACCCGCGUCGACUAGUUAAUGAGAAAACGACUUUACUCCAAGACAAGCUGAAGGAAGAGUUCGGGGAUAAAGUAACAUGUACAUUAGAUGACAAGAUCCUAACUUUGAUGCAAUGUAAAGAUUUAGAAGGUAUCAACAAUGUUGACGAUUUUUUUAAAGCAAUAAAUGCUCUGUUAAAGGCGUUUGAACGUGAAGUAACGGUUCUGUUACUGGAAAUGGAUGUUGAAAGAAUUAAACUAGCAAUAAAGCACUUCGAUUCUGUGCAAUGUCAGCGACCAUUUAUAAAACUAUACAAGGCUAGCAAGGAGUUUUCGCUAGGUAUAGUUACACAAACUGAGGGCGACAAAAGCUUGGUCCUCUUACAUACUAAUAUUGUAAAGCAGAGAGUUGUAGAACUUGAGAAAUUGCUUUCAAUGGAGGACAAUUUUAAAAUAAAGGCAUGUAAACACAUAGUAGAAUCACAGACAGCAAGAGUCUCCAUACAGAACAGAAAGAUGACCAUUUGUGGUUUUCAGGAAGACGUUCUUGCCACCGAUGCUACUAUCAAUAAAAUCCUCUGUACACACUUCUGUGACUCGAUAGAACUUGAAGACUCCGUUGUUGAACUCAUGAAAGAUACGAACGUUCUCAAAGAAGUCAAGGAAAACUUAGAAAAGCUUUACUUUAAUGUCUGGUGUCAAGUUUUUAGGAAAUCAGUUUAUGUCGUUUGCGCCAAUGAAAAGCACGUAAAGCCGUCUUUACAACGGAUCCAGACAUGUUUCUCUACGUCAGUUGUCAAACUGGCCGAUUACAUGGUUGAUUCUCCGGUCUGGGAAAAGAUGAAAUCAAGAGUGAAUAUAGAGUAUCCUGGACGUGUAUACAUAGAUGACACGACAAGAAGACCUUCUGUUAUUGUUCAGUCAACCGUCUCAGUUUGCAGCAAAGUUACGGAUAUGCUAGACAAAUUCAAAGAAAGAUACACUCUUAUAAAGAGAAAGAUAAAAUUAACUGAAUCAAAACUUGAGCUCAUUUUGCAACAUCUGAGUAAUGAUAUAGAGAAAGCAAAUGAGGAAGAAUUUGUAAAACUCAAACAUGAUUCUGAUGAAGCAACGUUGGAUAUUGACGGUACAGAACGAGGUGUCAGUAGAGUGCAGGAAAGACUGGAAGACGUGGUGACUGUCAAGCUAUGGAUUGCUGAUGAGACGUUUGCUGAUUGGUUAAAACAGAUGUCACUUCGAAAAGAUGGGAAGUGGAACAAAGUUGUAAAUGUUUAUGAAAACCAAGUAGAUAUCAUCUUUAAAACGGGGAGAAUAGAAAAGGAACAGGUUGAUGUUAUUGUAAAUUCGGCUUCGCAGGAUUUACGUCUUGGCGUAGGUCAGUCUACCGUGACUCAAGCCAUAAGAACAGCGGCAGGAGACAGGGCGCAGAAGUGUCUUGAUCGCCACAACAAGCCAGUUCCCUUUGGAUCUGUUAUCCCUGGUGACCCUGGCAAUUUGAAAUGCAAGAAAAUAUUCCAUGUUGUUCUCCAACAGUUCUGUGAAACUGCCGAAAAUAUGCACAGACCUCAUCUUGAGACGGUUGUCAAGGACUGCCUGGAUAAAGCUUCAUCUGGUGGUUAUACCAGUAUUGCAUUCCCAGCACUAUGUACGGGAGUACACAAGUACCCAUUGCCUUUUGUUGCCGCGACCAUGCUCGAUUGCAUGGUCGCAUAUAUCAACGAAACUGAGAAAACAACAUUGAAACAAAUCUUCAUUGUCUUUUUGGAUGCGGAUAUACAUAAGAGACGUAUUUUUGAAGAACACAAAAACCAACGAAAAGAAGAACUUGUUACAAUGAAACAGCAGAGAAUUUUCUGGUUUAAAGUGCCAUGGCCGUGUCGCUAUCAGUGCUGUAUAACGGCAGCCACGCGUGCAAGCGCUUGCGACUUUACUGAGGAAGUCAACGGCGAGCUCUUGGAGCAGACCUUUGCCAAAACAUGAAAUUGAUAGAAAAAAACAUUGAUAUUAAAAUCUUAGAUGUAUCAUAUUUGUAAAAGAAGAAAUUUAGAGAAACAGAGAAGAAACGUUAUCAGGGUUGUUUUGUUUCAUGUGGAUCAUGUUUGUAUUAUUUUAACUUACCGAAAAAUUGUAUAUUAUAUGUGUCAGCGAUAAAUGUUGUGUAAAACAGUCGUGAAAAACAUAAUGACUGAAUAUUGAAUAAUUUAAUUCAAUUUGACCAAGCUGUAAUUUUAAACAAGAACGAGUUUUCCUUGUUUUAAACUAUUUCAUACUAAGUUCAAGCACAGGUGGCAGUAACGUAUCUAGAAUACAGUAUGGGUCCAUGAGCCAUAUACACUUAAAUUUAUUACAAUGAUAAUGUUUUUCUGAGAAAUAAAAUGCCAAAAUGUCAUUUUGAAAAAUGUUUGCCCCUAGAAAGGUGAUCAUGAGCAUUUUGACAUGUGUAUUGCUUCUA